AUGAGCGCAGAAAAGCCAGGAGCAUACCCACCUUCUUAUCAGCCUGGUCCCCAAGACCCAAAUCAGCCAGGCUUUUAUCCUAUGGGACAGGCUCCAUAUCAAUCUGGAAUGCAGCCACAGUAUCAAAGUUAUCAAGCUCAACCUGGAGCGCAGCCAUAUCAAAAUUAUCAAAACCAAGCCCAACCUUAUCCAGGAAGUCAACCUUAUCCUUAUCCUAAUCAGCCAUACCCCGGUAGCCAACCUUACCCAGGACAACCAGUUUAUGCUUCAGCACCUAAUGUUCAGCCAGUGGCCGCAGCUGUUAUUAUCGAAUCACGGGUGCCUACUUUUAUAUAUGGUUUCGACCCAAUACAGGUUACUUGCCCAUACUGCCAUCAAACUGCUCUAACUAAAACUGAGAGAAGCCCAGGAAUGAUGGUUUGGCUGAUGUGCUUUAUCCUCUUUUGCCUAUUUCCUUUUUGCUCGUGCCUUCCUUUUUGUAUUCCAAGCUUAUUUGACGUAACUCACCAUUGUGGGCAUUGUUCUAAAAGAUUAGGAGAGAGAAGGGCACUUUAA